AUUUCCAAGGGCAUGAUGGAGAGAGGCCACAAUAGGGACUCUGAGCAGUGCCGCGUGAAGGUCAAGGAGCUCAGACAAGCCUAUCAAAAAACAAAGGAGGCAAACGGUCGCUCCGGGUCAGAGCCGCGGACAUGCCGCUACUACGCCGAGCUGCAUGCAAUUCUAGGGGGGGCUGCCACCACUACCCCACCUUUGUUCGUGGAUUCUGGGUCGGGGAUAGUCUCGAUGCCUGAGGAUUCUGCCGAUGGGGUAGAGGAGGAGGAGGAGGAGGAUGAGCUUGCAGAGAGCACACAGCACUCCAUUCUCCCCAACAGCCAGGAUCUUUUUAUCACCCUGACUGAAGUACCCUCCCAAGCCUCCCAAGCCAGUACCCAAGACUCUGACCCCAUGGAAGGGACCUCAGCAGCUGCAAAUUCCUCAAGCCUCCCUCCUCCAUCCCGAAGGUUAUCACAGAUAAGGCGUCGUAAGAAGAAGACGCGGGAGGACAUGUUUUCUGAAAUUAUGCAAUCCAGCAGGAGUGACAGAGGUCAUCUGAAUGAGUGGAAGGAAACAGUUUCAAAGUAUAGGAAAGAAGUCAGUGAACGUGAGGAGAGGAGGGACCAACGUGAGGAGAGGAGGGACCAACGUGAGGAGAGGAGAGACGAUCGAGAUGAGAGAUGGCGGCAGGAAGACCAGAGGAUGAAGGAUGCAACGCUGGGGCUGCUCCGGCGUCUGGUGGAGGUUCAGGAACGGCUGCUGGAAAACAGACUGCCGCUUCAGCCCCUGUUCCACCCUCCCCCCUCCCCAUGUUCCGUAUCCUCCUCACCCAGACGUGUAAGAACGCGGGGGGGAGGCUCCGUACACCUUCCCAUUCCACCCCAGUAGACAGCCCAAGCAAAAGGCUGUCAUUUUUUUAACCUUUUCUUUGUGGCUUUUUCCUUCCCAGCAAUCCUCCUCCCAAAUACCACCCGGGUUCCCUCCCUCUUUUUCUAAUCUAUUAAUAAAGAAUAAAUGAUUUUUAAA